UCACAGUUGCUGCAAGUCUAACUAAGCUGAUAGCUGAAGUGUCCUUGGCAAUCACCUUGAGCUUUCACAUUCUCACUCAUUCCGUCUCAGUCACACAAGGAUUCCAUGAGCUCUGUGUAGUGAUCUGUCUAGAGUGGCGUGCUGUACAGCGUGAGAAACACAUUCGGGUGGAAUGGGCAAGCCUCUUAGGAUUCUGCUGGCCACAUGUGGAGUGUUUCUGAACUGGCUCAUAAUCGCCAGACUACGACCCACCACCACCGAUACAUGUGAUCACGACAGUACUGCAGGAAGAGACUACCGGAUGUGCCUGACAGAAUCUGGAAAUUAAAGGAUUUCUGCUAACUGCCUGGAGAUUUCAUCAACCAUCAUCAACGGGUCCUGCUUCUGCUCUGUUUUUUUUAUUUUUUACAUGCAUUUUUGUACACUGGAAUAUCUGCAUUUGGCGGAUUUCUAACCGCUCACAGUGGAUAUAACAUUCUGCACUCAGAAAAAGUGAUAGACACAGUAUAAACAAUGCAUUUUCUGGACAUUUUUUGUAGAUUUCUAAAUCCAGUGAUUGUUCUCCCAUGACUCUUUCUUCAUGAUGAACAUCCCACUGCUGUAAAGAAGAAAUCGAUGAUGACGAAAAGCACAAAUUAUGUCAUUAUGACAUUGCCUUUCUCAGAACACGUGAACUGGGGAGGGGUUUUUCACUCACACGUUCUUCUUUUUCUCUUAUCUUUAUUACCCUCGGUUGCGGUUAGCAGCGUGCCAGGUUUGGAAUAUGAUUGGGGAACGCAACCCAAACUUGUUUGCAUCCCUAUCCCUGCAGAUGCAGACCCUAGUUGUUUCACUCCAGGUGGGGCUUCACAUGGGACUUCACACGGGCCAAACAGCAAUGGCCAUGGGAAUGGACAUCAUGGGCCAGUUAGCGGUCUGCCGAGUGGUCACAGCGGCAGCAGUAGUAGUAGCCGACACGCCAUUUCCGAUGAGGCCAAAGCCACCAUCCUUCACCUGAGGGAGAGCCUUGUGCGACAGAAGGAGACCAUCUUGGAUCAGCGAGAGACCAUUCGGGAACUGACGGCAAAACUGACUCUCUGUGAAAGCUUUGGGAGGGGACACCACGAAGAUCAUCACGGCCCUUCACAACACAACUCCCAGCAUUCCUCACACCACUAUGACGGCCACCAUGCUGACCCACACUUCCCUUUAAACGGGCAUCGCAGUGACCAUCACAGAGGCAAAUCUCCAUAUCUGGGCAAACACAGCUUCUCCCCAGAACAGACAGGAAAAACCCUGCAGGCCCUGAAGGAGAGGCUGGAAAACCUUCAGGCAAGAAAUUCUUCCAGUUCCUAUUCAAGUUCAUUGAGAGACCUCUUGCAGCGCAAGAUCAAUGCCCUGGAAGAACAGCUCCAUCAUCACUAUGACAGUCAUUAUGGUCAUCAUGACAGCCAUCACGGAUAUGGUCAUCAUGAGGAUAACCAUGACCAUGAUGACCACCAUAAUAACCACCACAAUAAUCACCAUGAGGACCAUCAUGAUAACCAUGACAGCCACCAGGCAAACCAUCAUGAGGACCAUCACCCCAGUAACCAUCGUAACCACCAUUAUAGUUAUCGCUAUGACCGUCACACCGACCACCAUGAUGAUCACCACGAUGACCACCACGGAAAUCACCAAGACAAUCAUCAAAGUGGCCAUGAUGAUCAUCAUGACAGCCAACACAACAGCAACCACCAUGAUGAUCAUCAUGAUGAUGGCCAUCACAAUGGACACCAUGGAAAUGAUGAUCAUGUUCAUCAUCCACAAACCUCAUUCAAACCGCCUGGGUCUAGAGCACCUGUCCGUGGUGCCAUCAACAAACUAGAUGCAGUGCUGAGUAACCUACACCACAAAACUCCAGAACAAGGACCCAAUAAGAAGCCCAAGAAUCCUGACGCUUUUCAGAUUGGCUUCCCGAUGCGCUCCAACUACAUGUAUGGGAGAAUCAAGCGCACCCUUCUGAGCGAGAUCUUCGCCCUCACAGUCUGUCUUUGGCUGAAAGGGGGCUCAGGUCCUGGGAUCGGGACCCCGUUCUCCUACUCUGUCCCAGGUCAGGCCAACGAGCUUGUCCUGAUUGAAUGGGGCAACAAUCCUAUGGAGCUGCUGGUGAAUGACAAGGCAGUUACUCUUCCUCUAUCUCUGACGGACAGUAAAUGGCACCACCUUUGUAUAACGUGGUCCACACGUGACGGGAUGUGGGAGGCUUAUCUGGACGGUGUGAAAAGGGGCUCUGGAGAGAAUCUGUCCCCGUGGCAUCCCAUUAAACCAGGAGGAGUCUUCAUCCUCGGACAGGAGCAGGACACUCUGGGCGGCCGUUUCGAUGCCACACAGUCUUUUGUGGGCGAGAUGUCGGAUCUGCAGCUGUGGUCGCGUGUGCUCACCUCCACCGAGAUCUACAACCAAGCGUCCUGCUCCAGCCACCUCACCGGUGACGUCAUCACCUGGAGCGAGGCCAUGGUGGAGCUUCACGGAGGUGUCACAAAGUAUCCAUUCGACCCUUGCCAUUAGGGAUCUGACCAAACCGAGCCUGAUCCUCCACACCUCUGCUUAAUGUGCAGCUGGAAAGGUGGAGAAUUCUGAAUCCAGAUGGAAAGGCUGAGGAGAAGGCCACAGACUGCAGCCGCUCCUUCAAGAUAAUAGGAUUCCAAACAGGUCUACAUAGGCCUUGGGCAUUUAACUAAGCACUUUAGUAGUUCACGUGUCUAAGAUUUACAUACUACAUAUCGAUAAGCACUUAGGAUGUCAACAGCCUGGUUGAACUCCAUUCUGUGUUUCUGAUUCCCUUCCAAACACUAAUGAAAGAACUUCAGUAUGCUCAACAUGCAAAACAAUCCAGACCAAGUGGUUUAUUUUUAUAUCUCUGUGAUGUAACAGAUUUGAAAUACAACUUGUUUUUUUUGGUUUUUUGACCCAUUUGUGUUCACUCUGGGCAGCAUGGGGGCAGCAGUGAGUUUAAAAGGCCUACUUCAUUAAAACAUUUAUGCUGCUUUUUUUAAUCCAGAACCUCAGUAGUUUAUAACCUGAGGUGCUCUUUUAGUCCUGCAAAUCAAGAAUAAGUUAUGCUGGAGAAGAAAUAAGACGUUUUUUUGUGUAUGUAAAUUUGUAUUGCUGAAGGCCAGAAAAUGUCCAUGCAUCAUGAUUGAGCAUAUAAAAUGUGUAUGAUUGCAGUUUUGUGCUGCAUUAGAAGACUUGAAGAAGGAAAAAGAUGGAGUUCUUCAUAUGUAUAAAGUACAAGAUGACAAGUGUUGUCUUUGGGAAGGUGGGCUGCUGUUAUGGGUUUAUAUACAGUUGGCACAUGCCAGGAAACUAGGAGCUAAACAAAAACAGUGAGGUUCCCAUUGAAAAAAUGCAUAAAGCGGGAUUAAAGAGACUCCCUUUCAUAAUACAUAAUUAACUUUUUUGUGUUUAAACACAUGCACAUGUAGCUGUUUUGUGUCAUGUGGGACUAUAAAAAAAAACAUUCUUUUAACAUGCAGUUUUUAUGUUUAUUGAGUUUUUCGUGAUUAAUGCAAUUUAAUAUUAUUAAAAACCAACAUUGUCACGAGGCGAUUUAGUGAAAGGUGAUAAAAGUGAUUAAAAAAAUAAUCUCAUCUCUAUAAAUGUAGAGCAGCAGGACAUUGUGUGGAUUACAUACAGUCUGCAAGUUUCCUGCUUGCUUUGAAAUGUCAUUGUUAUAAAAACCAUAUCGCAUUCCUUUAGGGGCAAAGACUCUCAGAAUUCAUAGGCUACCUCCAGCAGUUUAUUAAAAUCCUGCUUCUUAUUGUUAUGAAUUUAACCUAUAAUCUGGAAGCAUAUUUAGAUUAUGCAUUUUCACUAUUAAAACCCAUUUAUUGUUUUGUUGAACAUUUUAACUAGAUGGCCAAAUGUACACACAGAUAUAUCCUGAAUGUUUAUGUAUCUUUGUAUCUUAUGUAUCUUUCAUCUUUUUAUCGAGCAGACUCUUUACAGAUUUACCAGUUAGAUAAUCCUUAAACCUGACUGGUCAGAUUUAUGCAUGCAUGCAUUUGCUUACAUGUGUUUAAAAUGGACUGCAUUAAUCAACUUUAUAAAACCGCUUAACCUCG